GACCCCGGGCCCUCGGGCAGUGCCCAGUUUUACAAAUGUCAGUCAGGCCGUGUGGAGAACAUGCAAACUCCAGGCAGGUGGUGCCGUGGUUCCAAAGUAAAAAGCAUAUAGGCACAAGCAGGGCCGAAUCUAGCCUGUCUGAUGUGGUGGUGCAGAAAAAAUGUCAGGGGGGCAGAGAAUGGGAGAUCAGAAAGGCACUGUACAAGGGGUCAGCAGGGUAUAGGAUAGGGUCAGCAUUAUGUAGGGCAGUGUACAGAUGGCAUUCAUUUGUAGGGCAGUGUACAGGAGACAACAGAGCUGAAGACAGGGGUCACUGCUGGCAGGGCAGAGGACAGGGGUCACUACUGGCAGGGCAGAGGACAGGGGUCACUGCUGGCAGGGCAGAGGACAGGGGUCACUGCUGGCAGGGCAGAGGACAGGGGUUACUGUUGGCAGGGCAGAGGACAGGGGUCACUGCUGGCAGGACAGAGGACAGGGGUCACUGUGGGCAGGGCACUCAGAAGAGUUCCUUCUCCCAUCCCUGCACUGCACACAGCCUGGGUACAGGCGGAAGAGCUCCUCUUCCAGGGGAGGACAGGGGAGUGAUACAGGCA